AUGAGGAUUUUCAUAGCCUUUGAGGGAUCUUUUGAACCAUUCGAAGUUUCAGCAGAUGAAACUGUGGAGGCUGUCAAGCUGAUGAUAAAGGAUUAUUUCCACAUUCCUCUGUCUGAAGAUGAACAAGGCAGGCGGUAUCUGGAGCUGAUGUAUGCUGGAGCAGCCCUGAAGGACAGCUGGAGCCUUGCCGAUAUUGGAAUAUCUUUUUGUUCAACUCUCAAAUGCUUUGUUAAGCAAGAAGAUAAGCCCACUCUCCACGUGUUCAAUGCUGUUACCCAAGAGAGGAUGCCAAUAAUGAACAACACUUCCCUUUUUUGUAAGAAAGUGUCUGAGCUGAGAACGCUGAUAUCUUUGAGAUGUGGCUUCCCUGUGAGUGUCUUCUGUCUCCGGACCCCGAGCGGACUGGAGAUGUACGACUGCAACACCCUCAGGGACUAUCAGAUUGACAUUGGCGCGACGCUUCGCUUGGACGUCUGGGAUGGAUGGAAGGAGUUUCUGAUGGGCUGUCUCCUCGGACAAAAACUUAAAGUCCAACGCUAUUUAUCAAAUGAAAAGCCAGUACUUAAGUACCAGAAGAGGGUGGCCCUGUACAUCGCCGCCUUUUACGGCUACAUUGAGCUCACUGAGUGGGCCCUGAAGCAGGGUGUGCGGCCCCACGAGGCGGUUGGCGUCCACCCUUACCGAGCAUGGUGCCAUGAAGCCCUGCAUGCAGAUGUCUCUAAAUGUCCCAUUCAUGCAGCUGCAGAAGCAGGCCAGCUGCUGAUUCUGAAGGCCUUUGUCAACUGCAGUGUGCUGUGCCUGGAAUGCACAAACGCCGCAGGCCAAGCUCCCCUGGCCAUCGCGCUCAAACGCAAGCAUAAAGACUGCGUAUUGUAUUUGCUUAGUAAAACGUGGUCCACAGUUUCCUUUCCGAAAAUGUCAGUCCCCAUGAGGAUCUAUAUUAAAAUAAAACAAUGGGUGCUCAAGGCUCAGAGUCACAACCUUUAUAAAAGCCAGCCAUGUGGAUCAAGAGUUUUCGGGGCAAAAGUUGGAGACAUUGUGAUGGUGGAUGGUUUCAGCAAACCACUAAUGACCUCCAAGAGCUGGCAUAAGGCUGGGAAUAAGGACUCACAAAGCACUGUGGUCAAGCUACCGCCUCUCAAGGAACAAACUGCAAGCAAGAAACCUGUCAAUCCUUUGGUAAUUUCACAGCAGGACACAAGAGAACAAAACCUCAAAUUUCUUCCGCUGAUAGAUAAAAAUACAUUCUCUGAAAUACAAAGACAACAAAACUGGAAAAAUAGUAUUGCCAUGGAUAUGAAAAACGAAAAGCUCACAAAAAAUACAUACCUUCCACAAAUCCCACUCCCUCCAGUUUCAAGAGUAGGCCCUUCACACCCAUCUUUUUACUACGCAACACCCAGUGCUGACUCUUUACUCAGAUCCUCCUUCGAAUCUUUCUCUGAGCGCAGCGGGAGAACUCCAAGGGAAAACGCUAUCUACUGCUUAGCUAUGGCCAGGUAA